AUGUCGGUGAUGACCAGUCCGCCAACUGCACCGACACGAUCCUCCAGUGGGUUUGGGUUCUUGUCCAAAAUCAAAUCCCACAAGGAAAACAAAUACCUCGCACCUCCACGACCUGGGGCGGUCCAUCGAGCUGGCAGUUAUGGCAGCAUCUACAACCAACCUGCCCGGUCCUCUCUCUUUUCGCUGCCUGCACAGGAGGGUUCGGGAUUGAGAGCCCGGCGGCUCAGCGCAAGCCCUCUGGAUGAGUUCGUGGUGGAUGAUGUUUGUCCAUUGGAAGAAGAGUUUGUCUCGGUUUCCAAAUUCGGCCGCCGGAAAGAGAUUGGGAAGGGGGCCAGUGCUACUGUGCGGAUAAUGGUGCGAAAGGUCGAUAAGAAGAGUGACCAUGCUCGCCAAUAUGCCGUGAAAGAGUAUCGCAAAAAGUCUGCGCGGGAGACGGAAGAAGAAUAUGUCCGCAAGGUCAAGUCGGAGUACACCAUUGCCAAAUCACUCAACCAUCCCAACAUUGUGCAGACAGUACGGCUAUGCACACAAAACGGCCGAUGGAACCAUGUGAUGGAAUACUGCCAACAAGGCGAGCUUUUCAGUCUGUUGGAACGGAGGUAUUUCAAGGCCGAAGACCGGAGCUGUAUAUUCAAACAGGUGCUGCGAGGCGUCGAGUACUUGCAUGACCACGGCAUUGCCCAUCGAGAUAUCAAGCUGGAGAAUCUUCUCAUGACCGACGAGGGGCACGUUAAGAUCACGGACUUUGGCGUGUCCGAGGUAUUUUGUGGCGAUCAUCCGGGCAUACCAACAUCUCGAGGUCUAUGUGGACAAGGAAUGAGAGAACCACGGAGGUCGGCCGCGGGUGUCUGUGGGUCAAGACCGUAUAUUUCUCCCGAGGUGCUAGCUCAGGAUCGAGAGUAUGAUCCGACCAAAUUGGAUGUUUGGAGCUGUGGGAUUCUGUUCAUGACGAUCUUCCUGGUGGGCAAUCCAUGGCCGAGCGCGACCAAAAGUGAGGCAAAUUACUCACUCUUCUCGGCCGGUUGGGAGGCAUUCUUGGAGCAAUUUGAAGAUGCGCCGAUUGACGAGACGACGUAUCCGCAGUGUGGACCAAUCUUCAACGCCCUGCCGUCGGUGGCGCAUCGGCGGUGUGUUCUUAAGAUGCUUCAUCCGGACCCGGACAAGCGAUGCAGCAUCAAGGAUGCACUUCAGGAUCGCUGGGUGAAAGGAAUCGACUGCUGCUCACCCGAGGGCAUCGGAGCGACGUUGUCGAACGGAAUUGAUGUGACCAAGAACGGAUGUGACAAGGUGGCCGCGAGAAUGAAGGUUCAACCCAAACAUGAUCAUUUGCCACCUCCCGUGAAACGACUACCGCAGCAUCGAUUCGACAUGGGCGAUGGCACCUCACGUUAUGAUUGA